AUGAAAACAAUUGUUGUAAUCUAUAAUGAUAAGGAAUACCCUGUAGAAAUCGAAAGUGAUACAACAUAUGAAGAGUUAACAUUUCAAGUAUUUUCAUUAACUGAUGUAGAGCCUGAUGAUCAGCUCUUUUAUAAUUUAUAUAAUACUUCUACACCACCAUUACCAAACCAAAAACUUAAUGUUCUAAAUAAUCAAAAAGUAUUUUUACAAAAUUUCAAAAAUAAAAGUCAAUUAUUUAAUAGUUCAAAUAGUUUUAUAGAUCCAAGUUUAAGAAACAGAAUUGAAAGUUUUUAUAGGGGAAUGAUAAAGUAUAAUGAUGAAAGAUUACAAUAUUUAGCGCUUGAACAAAUACCCAUUGAAAUUAAAAAAGAACAGUCACAAAUGAAAAAAGUUCAAAUGUUAUUGGAUUGGUUUAAAAACAAUUAUUUUUGUUGGGUUAAUGCACCAGAAUGUAUCGAUCUAAAGUGUGGUACACCAAAUACUAAGUUGGUAGGUCACGAGCAACCAACAAUUGAAGAGAUGAAGCAUCAGGCAUCAAGAGUUGAGGUUUAUAGAUGUGAUAGUGGUCAUAUCACAAGAUUUCCUCGUUACAACAGUGUAGAGAAGUUAUUAGAAACAAAAUCAGGUAGAUGCGGCGAGUGGGCAAAUACUUUUACACUAUACUUAAUGGCUGUUGGGGUAAACACACGUUAUAUCUUUGAUUUUACUGAUCAUGUUUGGAAUGAAGCUUUUAUUGACGGUCGUUGGGUUCAUCUCGAUAGUUGCGAAGCAGCCUAUGACACUCCUCUAGUUUAUGAAGGUGGUUGGGGAAAAAAGAAUCUAUCCUAUAUAUUUGCCUUUGAAUUGGAUGGUGUAUAUGACGUUACCAAAAGAUACACUAUUCGUUUUAAUCAACUCAAUAGAAGUUUAGCAAAUGAACAAGCUUUAGUAUCAUAUCUCUAUCAAUUCAAUCACAAAAUUCGUUCAACAUUACCACACGAUUUACUACGUGACCUUUUAAAAAGAGAAACAUCAGAAUUGCUUGAAACAGAAACUUUUGCAUCUAGAAACUAUGGUGAUAAUCUAACUGGAAGAGUAUCAGGCUCAUUAGAUUGGAGAACAAGCAGGGGUGAAUCGGGUGAUGGGGAUCUUACUAUUGGACCUGGCAAUAAUAGCAGCAACAACAAUAACCAACUUCCAGUACCAACAAUUAAUAAAACCAUCUAUAUUUUAGACUCCAUCUCAAAGGCAAAAGAAUCACUAAACCUUGUUGGCAACUGUUCUAUUACAAAAAAUGGAAUUCAAAUAACUGCAAAUGAAACUGAUAAAAUUGGUGCAUUUUGGUUAAAAGAAAAAAUCGAUGUCAUUUCUAAUGGUGGCUUUAUUUGCAAAUUAAAAUUUUUAAUCAAAAAAGAUGGGGACGGUGCUGACGGUAUGGCUUUUGUUAUUCAGAAUAACAGCAUAAACUCUAUGGGAAUUGGUGGCUAUGGUCUUGGUUAUCACUCUAUACCAAACUCUGUUGCUAUCGAAUUUGAUACCUAUCCAUCAAAAGAUCACGCAAGAGAUCCAGACGGUAACCAUAUAAGUGUUAAUACACGUGGUCGUGAACCAAAUUCAGCCCAUCAUAGAUUUUCAAUAGCAUGUGGAAACCCAAAAAACAACAAACCAAUGAAUGAUGGUGUAGAGCACGAAUGUUUUAUCAAAUACUCUUCAAGUGAAAAAACCUUAGAUGUUUGGUUAGAUAACUAUCAGGUGUUAAAUAAAGUUAGUAUAGAUAUUCAAUCACUUUUAAAUUUAGAUUCAAAUAAAGCUUUUUUGGGCAUGACCGCUUCAACUGGUGGUUUAAAACAAGCACAUAUAAUUUCAUCAUUUUCAAUUGGUAAUUAA